CCAGCUGGAGCCUCAGUGACGCCCUGUGCUUCCUCACUAUCCCCACCAGCUACCUCAGGUGCACCGACCAAAGCCAGCAGCUUACAGGCUAGCUCACAUUCAUACCUCAUCAUGUCUCAACAGCAAAUCAGCCUUCCCGCCAAGCUCAUCAAUGGUGGCGUUGCUGGCAUGGUUGGAGUCACCUGUGUGUUCCCUAUUGACCUGGCCAAGACAAGACUGCAGAACCAACGAAGUGGCCAGCAGGUCUACAGGAACAUGAUGGAUUGUCUUAUCAAGACGGUCCGGUCUGAAGGAUAUUUUGGAAUGUACAGAGGCGCCGCCGUGAAUCUCACCCUGGUCACUCCAGAGAAGGCCAUCAAACUGGCCGCCAAUGACUUCUUCCGCCACAAGCUUGUUCAGGACGGGUCCAAGAUGACAGUAUUCAAGGAGAUGCUGGCUGGCUGUGGGGCAGGGAUGUGUCAAGUUAUCAUUACAACUCCAAUGGAAAUGCUGAAGAUCCAACUUCAGGAUGCUGGAAGACUUGCGGCACAGCAGAGGACGGUGACAGUACUGCCUGCCAUGAAGUUGGGUGCAGGUAACGCGAUGCUCACCUGCUCCUACAACGGCGGCCCAGCUCCCAUGCUCAGGAUGUCUGCCCUGCAGAUCACCCAGGAGCUGCUGCGCACACGAGGGGUUCAGGGCCUCUACACAGGCCUUGGAGCAACACUCAUGAGAGACAUUCCCUUCUCUAUGGUCUACUUCCCUCUCUUUGCCCACCUGAACGGCCUGGGUAAGCCAUCUGAGAUGGAGAAUGCGCCAUUUUACUGGUCCUUCGUCUCUGGCUGCAUGGCCGGCUGCACUGCUGCUGUGGCCGUCAACCCUUGCGAUGUCAUCAAGACCAGACUGCAAUCUUUGAAGAAAAGCUCAUCGGAGGAGACCUACAGUGGUGUGGUGGAUUGUGUAAGUCAGAUCAUGAAGAAGGAGGGUCCAGGAGCAUUCCUCAAGGGUGCUAGCUGCAGAGCUCUGAUCAUCGCUCCACUCUUCGGUAUCGUCCAAGUCGUCUACUUCCUCAAUGUUGGGGAGUUUGUUCUGGGCCAAAGUCCUUUCAACCUCUACUCGUCGUAGAGCGCCUUACGAAAACUUGAGUUAAAUGGAACAGUAGCAACUGACCCAGGCAGCUAUAAGACAAGUUUAUCGUGUUGAGGCACUUGUUAAAAGAAACAGUAGCCAAAUUAUUACACCUAUAAUGUUCAGCAAAAGCGUAAGCCUAUCGAUAUUUGAAAGGAUAUCAUAUUUUUGGUUAAGGACUGUCAGACGUCUGCUCAGGCUAUUCUGUCACAAGCACUGAGACCAGAUUGUUUUUUAGAAUUUCAUUUCUAAUUUUUGCAAAUUAUACCCUAAGAAGUGUUUCCCCAGUAAGUAAUACAACAAAUUCGCCACAACAAUUCAUUAGGAUUAGGUCAUUGAACAUUUGAUAAAUGCUCAAACACGAAUUGACUUGUUUUAUCCAUGUAAAUCUUUUUGUAAAUAACAAUGAUCUUGAUUUUGAUAAGGUGGGUUAUGGCAGCAGCACUUGUUCAGAAUCUGUUCUGUUUAGAGAUUUUGCAACAGUGAUUAAAUGUACCCUCAAUGAGGGAUGGAGGAUUUCUGUUGCCAACCGUCUCACUGUGGGCACUGUUCUAUAAUGCCCCAUGCAGUCACAGAUCAGGGGUACAUUUCUCAAAAGUGUAGUGAUUAGCCAGUUAGAAACUUUGGUAGUUGCCAAUGGGAAAUUGCAUUGAAAGCAACAAAGUAGCUCAUGAAGUUAGCAACUAUGGUUUCCAGAAAUGCACCCCAGGACUGAAGUGAGGCGAGCCUUGUGUACAUAGUCACAUUUCAAAUAACAAACAAUAGGCCUGUGGGUAAUAAGUCCCAUCCUCAUUUCACCAACCAGAAAACAAUAAAAUGUGAACAUAUUUAUUGUGAAACUACUUGAUCUUUUGCUACCAUAUGGAAUUUGUAUGAUGAUUUCUGAUGUAUCAUUACUGUACUGUAUGUAUGAAAUACUGUACUGACGUGUCAGCUGCUCCCUGUUCGUCUCAGCAAGAUGUCAACGGCCAAGUGUAAAGGAUAUCAUUCCAGGGACUGAGAUUCACAUACCAAGUCAGGAGUCAGUCACUGUAAUAUGCUUAAAAAGGAGACUGGACAGGGGAACUAAGAACUUCUUUCUGACCACGAAAGCAGUUCUUUUGCUGCCCCUAGACAGGCUGUAGCAGUAACAAUGGCUCUGUGGUAUAUUUUCUAUUGUAAGUAGAGAAAAUGUUAAAAACUGAAUAUUUUCAUUCAGCCUCUUGUACAAUAUUAACAUUAUCCAUAAGACUUUCAUCUUUUGAGUUGAAAUGUGACAUGGUUCAUCUUUUAUGUAUUUACAUGUUAAAAGGGUGAGGUAAGACUUUGUACAUGCAUUUAUAAGUGGAAGAUUCAUGUGUUCUAUGUGAAAACUGUUGGCAUAUACAGUUGUACAAUUGAACCAGUUGUUCCAACAAGUAACAUUUGUACCAUACUGUAAGAGAGGGCAAAACAGAAUGAAAGAGGUUACCUGUCAUCUACUGUAUAUGAAUUUCAUACUCAUGUAUAGAGAAUAAAAAUAACCUCUUCGGUUUCUUUUUAUGAUUUA